AUGGGGGAGGUGGUUCUGCACAGGCUGCUCCUGCUGCUGGUGGCUGCCCUGGCCCUGACCCAGACCAGUGCGGGCUCACACUCCCUGCGGUUUUUUGAGACCACUGUGUCCAGGCCCGGCCUCGGGGAGCCCCGGUACAUGGAAGUCCACUAUGUGGACGACACGCAGUUGGUGGGCUUCGACAGCAACGCGAAGAAUCCGAGGAUAAAGCCGCGCGCGCCUUGGAUGGAGCAGGAGGGGCCAGAGUGUUGGGAAGAGCAGACACGGAGAGCCAAGGAGAGGGAGCAGGUUAACCGAGUGGACCUGAGGAACAUCCGUGGCUACUACAACCAGAGCGAGGGCGUCUCUCACACACUGCAGGUGAUGUAUGGCUGUGAAGUGGGGUCGAACGGGAGCCUCCUCCGCGGGUUCAUGCAGCUCGCCUAUGAUGGCAGCGAUUACAUCGCCCUGAAUGAAGACCUGAAAACUUGGACCCUGGGGGACCUGACCAUGGCGCAGAUCACCCGACGCAAGUGGGAGCAGGCUGGUGCUGCAGAGAGAUACAAGGCCUAUGCGGAGGGCACGUGUGUGGAGUGCCUCCUCAGAAAUCUGGAGCGCGGGAAGGAGACCCUGCUGCGCACAGAUCCCCCAAAAGCACAUGUGAACCAUCACUCCAGAUCUGAAGGUGAAGUCACCCUGAGGUGCUGGGCCCUGGGCUUCUACCCUGCUGACAUCACCCUGACCUGGCAGUUGAAUGGGGAGGACCUGACCCAGGACAUGGAGCUUGUGGAAACCAGGCCUUCAGGGGAUGGAACCUUCCAGAAGUGGGCAUCUGUGGUGGUGCCUCUUGGGAAGGAGCAGAAUUACGCAUGCCAUGUGCAACAUGAGGGGCUGCCUGAGCCCCUUACCCUGAGAUGGAAUCCUCCUCCAUCCACAGACUCUAACAUGGUGAUCAUUGCUGUUCUGGUUGUUCUUGGAGCUGUGGCCAUCAUUGGAGCUGUGGUGACUCUUCUGAUCAAGAGGAGGAGAAACACAGGUAGGAAAGGGCAGGGAGGAGAUUAUACUUCAUCUCCAGGUUACUCUCAGAACUCGGAUAUGUCUCUCCCAGACUGUAAAGUGAUCAUUCAUGACUCUCAUUUUCUAGCCUGA